UAUGUGCUAUGUCUCUUGUCAUUCUAUAUCUCUCCACAGAUCCAGGCUCUGUCCUGCCUCAUCCCUCCAUAUCUGCCAAUCUGUUUACUUUUGUCACUCACAGAUCUAUUUCAGUCUCUAAGUUCUAGUCUCCUACUCCCUGACUUCCCUGCCUGCACUUUUUCUCUCGGCUUGUAUGUUACUCCUUCCUGUCCCAGCCCUCCUAUCCCCGGCAAAUUUCCUAAGGCUCAACUUUACCUCCACCUCUCUCCACAUAUUCUGUUCCCCCUUUCUUCCCUAUAAUUUGUAUCUUUGUGCUUCCCCACUUUCUCUGUUCUUAACACUUUCUUGAGAUGGCUGUCGUCAGUGGCUAUGUGUGCGCGCUCGUAGGUGUGUGCUCUGACCUAUGUGCCCGCCUGGUGGGAAGUGUGUGUGUAAGGCGAGGGUAUCAUCUUUGGUUGGCAGCACUUGUCAGUCUGACACCCAUCUUACAGGGACUCAGUAACCCUCGAAGCAUCUUCUCCAACAACAACAACUUCUUCAAUGUGAAGUUCGUACAAUGCUCCUGUGGAUGGACCUUUCUUCUUCUGUCUGGAUUCGUGUUGUUGGUUUCCUUGGUGCCCACUGGUCGUCCAUUCCUCUCCCUUCUGCACCUCACAAGGAUCGGAUUUGGUACAGCUCUUUGUCAAGGGGUUCCUUACCUCUUUCAACUUCUGGAGGACUUAACAGGCUCCUGUCAGCAACCAUUGCCACCAGGUACACUACUCCAUCAUCGUCUGGAAGAUAGGUAUAGCUGUCUUUUGGAAGGAUACCAAUGGGAGGGUUAUCGUAUAUCUCCCCAAACCUUCUCGCUCACUUUAUGCAGUCUCUCUAUGGCUGAGGAGUUAGCUGUUUUUGUACGUUACCUGAGGAGAGGUUACCCAGCUGAUACUGCUUUGCGUCUGGUCUUCCUAUUGAAUGCCAGCCUACUGGGGCUGUACAAUCUACUUCUAAUCUGCACUGCACUUUAUGCAUCGAGCUACACUCAGAAUGUGGUGGGAGCAGCAACUGGUACCUUUUGUUGGUACAUGACAUAUCGCGGCUGGUACCGCACAUACUACUCACCUGGACCACCUGGAUAUGGAAUGUUUCCCAGAAAGGCGAUUGGCCCUCGAAACAAGAUGGAAUGAGAAGAAAUGUCACCAAACAUAUUAACUUUUUUGUCAUGUCAAUUUUGCAAAAAAUAUACCCCACUCAAAAUUUUACAGGAAUCUGCAAUUGAUACGAUAUCACCUGACUUUUAGAGACUCAUAAGGUGUUCGGCCAACAUAACUGUAGCAGCCCUUGUUUAUUUUUGUGAAGGGGACUAGCAUUUUGAAAAUGAAGCUAAUAAUUUUUCUGUAUUGUUUGUGUUCUUAUAUUCUUCAUGCUCAGUAAAAACUGUGAUGCCUAAACCUAUGACUAUGUAAAAGGGAGAAUUAUGAAAAAAAAAGAUGUAUUGGCACAUACAUUUAUUUGAAUUUACAGUUUACCAAAGAUAGGCCUUAAUUUAA